GCAUUUACUUAAGAUUGUUUUCCAUUCUUUAAUAUUUAACUUUCAGCGGGAAAAUGGCCGAUUUUAUGGACGAAGAGGCCGUGGAGAGCGAGGAAGAAGUGUCCGGUGAUGAGGAUGCCAUUCAGGCACGGAAGAAUAAGAAACGCGCGUUGGACGACAGCUCAGAUGAUGAAGAGGAUGAGGAUGAGGAGAAGGCAAUGGAAGAAAUGAAAGACUUUAUUGCGGAUGAGGAUGAAGAGGAAGAAGAGGAUAGGUCUCGAAAGAGAAGAAAGAAGAAGAGAAGGAGGAAAAGAUCUGAAUCCGGAUCUGGGUCAGGAUCCAGAUCAGGCUCAAGAUCCGGUUCUAGGUCCAGAUCUAAAUCUAAAGCCCGCUCCAGAUCCAAAUCCCGUUCUGAGGGUUCAGAUUUAGAUGAUGACGAUAUGGAUCUCAUUCAGGAGAACCUUGGAGUCAAGUUUCAGAAGAAACGAUCAAGGAUCCAGAAAAUGGACUCGGACGAGUCUGAAGAUGAGAGUAGAAGAGAUGCUAGUGGUUCAGAUGACGAACUCCCGGAUCCAGAGAGAUCAAGCAGGGCUAGAUCUGGUUCUGUAGAAAGUGAUGACGGGAUACAGGACUUUAUAGUGGACGAAGAAGGAAAGCCGAUUGAGCGGAAGAAAAGUCGAAAAAAGCAUAUUUUCGACGAUUCCCAACGUCAGCUGGCCGAAGAUAUCUUUGGAGUAGCAUUCGACUACGAGGAGUUUGCCCAGUCUGAAGGAAGUGGAGAUAGUUCAGAGGAAGACUUUGAUCCAGAUGAAGACGAACCAGAGCAAAAAAGGCGGGAAAAGAAGAAGAGGAAACCCGCGAAGACAAUUUUCGAUAUCUAUGAUCCCUACGAUCUGGAGAUGGGACAUUAUACUGAUCUUGAUCAAGAAAUCAGAACUACAGAUAUACCAGAACGUAUNCGUAAUUUCAAGUUCAUCAAACUGGCGCGGUCAAUUCAAACCAUCUCACAGCAAGCUGAUUACACCCACGCAGAUUGCAGGCACUGGCAGGAUAGGUCUAGUACUACAGAGAAAAUUAAGAAAGCUCUUGAUUUCAUGAGACAACAGUUCCUGGAGGUUCCAUUCAUAGCUUUCUAUAGGGAUGACCUGGAUAGACUGGACGUAGUUGAUAGUGUUGAAGAACUGAAAGAUGUUUACCAACACUUCCUUCUUUAUCAUUCCAGGAAUAUUGGUGCAUGUCAGGACUACCACCGUAAGAGAGCGAAAGAGGAGAAAGCUGAGAGAAAGGAAAGGAAAAAAGCUGGAAAACAGAAGAAAUAUAAGACAAUCAAGAAGAAGAUCAGGCGUAAAGCGACGCGAAUUGUGAAGAAAACAGUGACAGAGACCGUAAACAACGAGGAAACGGGAGAGGAGGAGGAUAUAGAGAAGGAGGUUGAGGAGGAGGUUGAGACCGAGGUAGAGAGUGAGGUCGACGAGGAAGUGACCGACGACGAGGCAAUGCUGGAGGACAAUGACGAGGAUGAAGAGGAGGAUGAGGAAGAAGAGGAACAGGAAGAGGAAGAAGUGAUUAAAUAUGCUAAAAGGAACGAUGCAUACUCACUCUGUGUUAAGUUCAAGUUGUCUGGUUUGGCAAAAACGUUUGGUUUGACCCCAGAGGAGUUUGGGGAGAACUUGCAGGACAACUACGCCAAGCACGACGUGCCCGAGGAGACCAGGGAGUUCGAGGAUGUUGCAGCAGAGUAUAUGAAUGAUAAGAUUAAUACCAAGGAGGCGGUCGCAAAAGCAGCAGUGUAUAUGGUCGCUUCACAGUUAGCCAGGGAACCAAUUAUUCGCUCCACGCUCAGAGAUAUUCUUCAUGAACGUGCAACUGUUACAGUCUGGCCUACAAAGAAAGGAACUAAAGAAAUUGGAGAGGAACAUGACAUGUACACAAUGAAAUAUCUUAGGAAUAAACCAGUCAGAUCCUUUAAGGACGAGGAGUUCUUGAAAUUGAUGACUGCUGUGGAUUCUAGAUUAGUGGAGUUGAGUAUUGGAGAGGAUCUUCAGGGAUCCACAGAUGGAUCCAGUUAUAUAGCUGAGGCUGUGGAUCUGUAUAAAGAAGAAGGAUUCUCAAAGAAGGUUGCUGAGUGGAACCAACUGAGGAAACAGGCGGUAGAGCUAGCUCUUAAGGAAAUGCUGCUGCCCCAGCUUCGAAAGGAACUGAUCAACAAGAUGAAGUAUGAGGCCAUAGANUUACCUCAGGAAAUGCUGCUGCCCCAGCUUCGAAAGGAACUGAUCAACAAGAUGAAGUAUGAGGCCAUAGAAGGAAUAAAGCGUGCUUGUCAGCGCACCCUCGAGGACUGGAUUAAAUGGGCUCCGUAUCAGGUCACGUGGGACGAGGAUUUGGACGAAGACGAUUGGGAUACAAGUGGCGGACACCGAAUACUUGGUAUCGCCUACAGCCCUGAUAGAGAAGAGGCGGGGUUCGCCGCCUUAAUAACGGCGGAGGGCGAGCUCGGCGAUUAUAUCAAAAUUCCCUUCCUCACCUACUCCAACAAGUCCUGGCAGGAAAGAGAACGGCUGGGGAAAGAGCAGGAUAUGAGAAUGCUGUCCAACUUUAUCAGAAGCAAGAGACCGCAUGGUAUAGCUAUCUGCUGUCUUGAUAGAACAGCUGUCAAUGUAUUGGGAGAUCUAGUUCAGAUCUGUACAGAUCUUUCCAACGAAGACGAAGCUUUUCCUGAGCUCAAGUGCGUUAUGGUAGACAGCAAUUUGGCUACAGUUUAUUCUAAUACAAACAAAUCAAAUACAGACUUCAGGUAUUCAUUCAUUCAUUCAUUCAUUCAUACUUACAUCCUUCCUUUUAUUCAUCAUAGGAAAAUUUGGAUAUCUUCCUUUGUCAGACAAAGGUUGAUAGGAUACUCGUGUAAAUCAGACACGCCCCUCUCUACACGCCACUCCCUACUCUCUGUACCCAACAGUCUUUGUACAAUUUUACUAUCUAUCUAUCUAUCCAUCUAUCUGCAGGAUCUGGUUCAAGAGGAGGAUCUGCUGAAAGCCUUGAACCAGGAGUUUAUUAACAAAGUGAAUAUGGUUGGUGUUGAUAUAAACGAGUGUGUAGCUCACCCCCAUACCUCCUACCUGGUCCAGUUUAUCGGGGGCCUAGGGCCCAGGAAGGGGGCAGCACUUCUAAAAACUCUCAGAGGAAUGUCAAAUCCCAGGCUAGAAAACAGACAACAGCUCGUGACAAGUUGUCAUAUGGGUCCCAAGGUUUUCAUCAACUGUGCUGGUUUUGUUAAGAUAGAUACUACAGCUCUAGGGGAUUCUGAGCAGUAUAUAGAGGUAUUAGACGGAUCCAGGAUACAUAAUGAAGCGUAUGAGUGGGCUAGGAAAAUGGCUGUGGAUGCCCUGGAGUAUGACGACGACGAGGAGGAAGGUAACCCUGCCUCUGCAGUAGAGGACAUACUUAGGACUGGACUGGACUGGACCGGACCUGACCGGACCGGAUAUGGUUCAUCUGUAUGGAUCUGGAUCUGGAUCUUGAUCUAUAUUGAUAUUAUAUCUAGGUUAAAGUUUGAAGAACCUAGUUCUGAAGAUAUAUUUGAUAUUAUAUCUAGGUUAAAGUUUGAAGAACCUAGUUCUGAAGAUAUAUUUGAUAUGACAUACAAGGAAUCUCCAAAAACCUUCUAUGUUGGAAAACUUAUGCAGGCUAGAGUUGAAAGGUUUCAAUACAAGCGACCCCCUCAAGAAGAUCUAGACAAAGCAGCUCCUGUCAGGAAAGGGGAAACUAACCUGUGGGAAUGCCCGUUCUGUGGGAAGAAUGAUUUCCCUGAGUUGACCGAGGUCUGGAACCAUUUUGAUGCGGUCAACGACUGCCCGGGCAAGUGUGUCGGGGUGGCGGUCAGACUGGAGAAUGGUAUUCAAGGAUUUAUUCAUAUUGCGGAACUAUCUGAUAGUACAGUACUGUGCCCGGAGGACCGGAUGAAGAUAGGGCAGAAUAUCUAUGUUAGAAUAACAAAGAUUGACGCAGAAUCCUCCAGAGUGCAUUGUACGAGUAAGACCUCUGCUCUGCGUGAUGUAGAGGAUGCGUUUAGACAAGCUAAAGAUGAUCACUAUGACAGGGAAGCUGAGAAGAAAGAAACAGCUGCUGAGGUGAAACAGAUUAAGGACAAACUGAAGGCCUCCUACGUCAAGCGGGUGAUAACUCAUCCUUCAUUCCAGAAUAUAUCUUUCAAGGAUGCAGAGAAACUAUUAGAACAGAUGGAACAGGUUAUUUUUCGAAAAAAAUUGCAUAUUUUUUAUAUCAAUGUUUUUCAGGUAACUGACAACAUUUACCAACAUGUUAAUGUGCGGGAGGAGGGGAAGGUCAACGCUUUCUCUCUGGGAUCCUCCCUCUGGAUUGGCACUGAAGAAUAUGAGGAUUUGGAUGAGAUUAUCGCAAGGUUUGUAAACCCUAUGGCGAGCAACACCAGAGAUAUUAUCAAUUUUAAGUAUUACAAGAAUGGGAACAAGACUAUGGCUGAGGAGUAUCUUGUGAAGGAGAAAAAAGGAAAUAUGAGUAAAAUUCCGUACCUACUCACACCUAGUAACGAAUUCCCAGGAAAGUUCCUGCUGAGCUAUUUACCAAGGAUCAAGGUCCAUCAUGAGUAUGUGUCAGUAACCCCAGAUGGAUUCAGGUUCCGAACUCUAAACCAUGAUUCUCUCACCUCCAUGAUUAAAUGGUUUAAGGAACACUUCAGGGAUCCUAUCCCUGGCACCCCCUCCGCCUCUCCCGGCGUUAGGGGCACCCGAACCCCCUACGGAAGCCGGUCAACGCCAAGUCUCCGCCCAGGGAUAACCCCAGGGGCGAUGAGUAUGGCGGGUGGGAGUACACCCUAUGGUGGAACUCCAGGGUAUGGAAGCCGACAGAAUGCGGCUUAUACGCCGACAGCUAAUACCCCGGCGAUGACACCAUUCCUGACUCCAGGUCCCUCUAAUACUCCUCGGGGGUACAGUGGUGGAACUCCUAAAGCCGGGUUUCCAGGAUCCAACACCCCCCGCAGUACCUACGGUGGGAACACCCCUCGAGGGGGUGGUAGCACAACUCCCCGUCCCUCUGGAAGCCAGACCCCAUCCUCCAGACCUUCUGCAUCGCCCGCCUACAAGGGGCGUGGCAGUGGUGCUGGGAACGCCUGGGCUGCCGCGGCCGAGAGUUGGGCUGGUGGCGCCGGGCGCCGCACACCACGUGGAGAUGACCGAGGACAGAAGGGAUACUCCACAACUCCCCGCUAUGAAGACCCCAGGCUAACUCCCAAGUAUGGUGGUCGUACUCCACAGCAGGGGCACUCGCAGCAGGGUCGCAGUUCAGCAGGCGGCAGGGGUCCUCCCUCAUCACAGGGUAGUAGUAGAACUCCUCAGUACGGGCGGAACGAGGCGGCCGGAUCAAACCGGGAUAAUAGGACACCACGUGGGCAGUUCGGGGACUCCACUCCACUCUACGAUGAGUAGAUGUACUCCAUCACUCCAACUCGUUUAAACUUACUGGGGACUUAAUUACUAUGUUUCAAAGCCUUGUCUUAAAAUUUCGAUUUUAUGCUUUGCCAAGUAGAUUUUGUAUUGCUUGGUAGAUUUCAUUCUACCGUUAAAAAAGUUAAAUGCUACUCGUAGUAAAUAAAAUGUUACUUUUAGGUGAUUUAAUUCUGCUUCAAGUAGAUUUAAGGCUACUUAUAGUAGAUUUAAUGCUACUUCUAGUAAAUUUAAUCUACUUCUAGUAGAUUUAAUGCUACUUCUAGUAGAUUUAAUGCUACUUCUAGUAUAUCUAAUGCUACUUUUAGUAGAUUUAAUGCUACUUUUAGUAUAUUUAAUGCUACUUUUAGUAGAUUUAAUGCUACUUCUAGUAGAUUUAAUGCUACUUCUAGUAGAUUUAAUGCUACUUCUAGUAGAUUUAAUGCUUCUUCUAGUACAUUUAAUUUUACUUCUAGUGGAUUUAACACUACUUCUAGUAGAUUUAAUGCUACUUCUAGUAGAUUUAAUGCUACUUCUCGUAGAUCAAAUGCUACUUCUAGUUGAUUUCUUGCUACUUCGUAAAUAAGGUUGAGAUUUAUGAAUCUAUAAGGAAUACUGAAUCUACUGUGUAAUAUGUAUUGCAUAAACCCCUAUUUGAGAAUGAUGUUUCCUCAAAAGCUAUUUUCUUCUUACAGUUUUAGUUUCAAUAUUCAUUGUAUUCUUGCAGGACUUUAAUAAAUAUACUUUUUUCAUUAAUAA